AUGACUCGCAAGGCCAGGGCUACCAUUGUUUCCCUCUUGACUCUGAUCGUAUAUCUACUCAUCAACAGCCUCUUCCACGCCCUCAAACCAACGGCCUUUGUGUGGUAUGAGGAGGACGAAGAUGAGCCGAGCUGGACCGCGAGCUCGCGGUCCUGGCUCGACCGCAAGAGCUGCCGCUGGCUCGGUGUCUGCGGCGUGGCGCAUUUCCAAACGGCUGACGCACAGUUUGGACAGCACAGCUCGGCAAGACUUUCAGAGUCAAAAGAUACCGAACCGGAGCCGUGGCGGUCGUUCUGGUUCUGCGGGUCUAGUAAUCGGUCCAAGUGGGAUGCCGAGGAGUGGGCUAGGCGGGAGAUCCCCGACUAUGUUUUUGACUAUGCCCCGCUCGUCCAUCUUUACUCUGGAGAGCUGUUUUGGCCCGGUGAUAUCGCAGAGCAUCUCUACCACACCACUCCUAUGCUCAAUUACACUCCAGUCCAGGCCCAAUGGGACCAUCCGACACUGGAGGACCUUGAUGACCUAAACCAAUGGGAAGGGGGACGCCAUGUAUUCUUGACUAGUGACGACGACGUACAGACCCAGCCCCCUUGGCUGGAGGGUGAGAAGAAUAUCCCCGAAUCAGACGAGAAGACUAAAGAAUCAUGGCCUGACUGGGACGGUCGAGUGGAUGGGGAGAUCCCGGAUGAUACCGAACUGGAUCGUGCCAAGUGGUUUGAUCUGAGACACCGGAAAGGCGAAGAUACAGACAAGGUUUCAGCCCAAGCGCACCGAUUGCUGAAACAAGAGCUGCACAAACGCUAUGGCGGUAAAAAGAUUCAAGACCCUCUCCAAGAUACGCGUACCGAGGAAGCGGGUGGUCGCAGCGAUGCACCUGCGAUCUUGCUCCUGAUGGAUAAGGGUAACGGGGUGGUGGAUGCUUUUUGGUUCUUCUUUUACGGAUUCAAUCUAGGCAACACCGUCGUCAAUAUGCGGUUUGGCAACCAUGUUGGAGAUUGGGAGCAUUGUCUCGUGCGCUUCUACGACGGUCAGCCAAAGGUUCUCUUCUUCAGUGCCCACGCAGCUGGUGAAGCGUAUCGAUAUGAAGCCGUUGAAAAGAUCGGACAGCGGCCGGUAAUUUACUCUGCCGAGGGAAGUCAUGCCAUGUACGCCACUACCGGAGUGCAUGAGUACAUCCUGCCAUGGGGACUUCUGCAUGAUGUGACCGAUCGGGGCCCACUGUGGGAUCCCUUACUCAACACCCAUGCAUAUACAUAUGACUUUGACAACGACGCCCUGCGCGCAUCCACAUUCAGCCCCGCCUCGCCCACAGAGUGGUUCCACUUCCGCGGCCAUUGGGGCGACAAGUUCUAUCGGCUGAGUGACUCGCGACAGUAUCGAUUCGCCGGUCAAUACCACUAUGUAAAUGGACCCCUCGGACCCCGGUUCAAGCAUCUCAACCGGCGCCAGGUGUGCCAGGGUCCAGACCGUGCCCCUUGCGUAAUCAAAGAUUGGAUUGAAGAAGACAAACGGACUCCACGGUGGGACUCAGUCGGCGUCGGAGAGUGA